UGGUGAAGCUGCGGGGAAAACUCGCGGUACGAGUAGGUAGUCGAUUAGAUUAUGCCGUUAAGUACACAACGUGGAUCGGUAUUUCUUUCUCGGCAAGUUUCCGAUCGAACAUCCGAACGAUAGUGCUGGAAUUUUGUAUUUGUUAUGGAUUUUUUUCACGCAUAAUUGUAAGUGAAAUAUUUAUGAUCGUGUGGAAUAUCCCUUCGGGCUGAACAUCAGGUGAAAUGGAUCUUGAGCUUUAUAGAGCUGAAGUUUAAGCAAAGAGACAACACAAGCAAUAAUACAUCAAAUAUAUCUCAAGACAACACAAAAACUACUCGAAGUGGAUGCUGUAAAUUCGAUAUUAUUGGAUCCUCGUUAGUGUGCGAACUCAACUGACGCUCGUGCCGAUAGAUAGCUUAACCACGAAUGAGUUAUCAGUGCAACUUAAGGAAUAUACGACAACUAAGAGUCCUCCUUGUACUUUACCGAUAUCACUGGGCAGAAUCCUAAUCCUCCAACAGAUCAGGGUCAAAACAGGCGAUCAGCUUAAUUUUUCAGCUCCGAAAAUGGAAACAUGUUAUGCAUUUUAAUUUGUCAAAACAUAUUGACGUUAAUUAGUGUUGAUUGUCUAGGGUAAACUAUAUUGAGAAUAUAAUUUUUGCCUUUUCUGAAAAUACUGAAAGAUUCAACACCCUAAUGAACUAAACCACAAGUUUAUUGAGGGCAGCGCAGUUUAAAUUGUGUUCAUUGCAUGUAACAGGUUCUAAAUGCUAAGUUUUUAAAUAUGUAUAUAAUGUACUGAAAUCGAAAACUUUUGUAUACUGAUAGUGUUCGAUGUUGUAAUAAUUGUACAAAUAUUAGAGUUAAUUUCAGCCACACCAGUAACCACGGAUACUUUUUUAUGAUAAGUUUCUUUCAUUUUAGUUACCUUCAGCAAGUCGCAUACUCAAGAUCUUACCUAACCUAACUUGACUCGAGGUUACUUCCGAUAACUGUAGGGUAAAAGUUACAUGCAAGUUACUUACGUAAGUCAACCUUUGUAAAUUAAGAAUAAACAAAAUCGCUAAAAUUUAAAAACUCAAUCUUUCCUCACUCAAUUAUUUGUCCGUUUAAUUAUUUUAAUUAUUUUUUAAUUUUUAACUGUUCGUUCAAUUUUAGCGAUUUAAUUCUUAAUCAAAGUGUACUUUCCUUGUUUUUAGCCUUAUUUUCAUUACCAUUUUAAAAUACUGAUAGAUUCAACACCCUAAUGAACUAAACUUGUGAUUGUUAGAUAUUCCAGUGAUCAGUGACGUUUGUAACUGCGCCCUCGGUUCAAAAUUUCGUUCAGCAGCGCAUUGUGAUUGAGUAUAAGUAUGUUUUUUCCUUCAUAAAACUUUAAAUACAUAAUAAUCUGCGCGCAGAACAACGUGUUGAAAUCUGAUCAUUUAGAAGCAAUGAUCAGACAAUUCUGAUUUUGUUUUACAGGAACAAUAAAUAAUCAACUAUAUUCGUCUCAUCAAGAAAGUAAUUUCAGUAAUCUAGUUAAAAUAACUUGAGCAACCGUCACAAAUACGAACUCCAGAACCACGGUGUCCAAGAUGACCAACUACGGGUCAACCAACGCGGCGCCCAACCCGGCCGCCUCCACAAUCUCCAUCGCCACGACGACGACCGCCUCCGCGAUCUCCAUCGCCUCGACGACGACCCCUCUCUCCGGCGGCGAGAAGCCCUCCUUCCGGCGUCACAUGACGACCUGCGUCACGAAGCGGCACGGGGAUCUGGUCCUCCUCAUCUGCUACAUCAUCACCGGGCUCCUGGACUCCUUCGCGACGGCCGUCUGGGGCUCCUUCGUCUCCAUGCAGACCGGGAACACGGUAUACGUGGGGCUCGGGAUCGUCGACCCGGGGGCCUCCACGCGGUGGAUCAAGUCCGCCUCCAGCAUAGCGUCCUUCUGCGUCGGGUCCUUCUGGUUCAGCCGCCUCCACAGGGUCUUCACACCGACCAAGCGCUGGGUCCUGGUCUUCAGCUUCACCGUCCAGCUUUCUAUGAUCGUGGCGGCUGCGCUCAUCGUGCUCCUGGCGCCGCCUGUCAAGCCCGGAGAACUACGUUGGCAGGUGCUGGUUCCUCUCUCCCUGGUGGCGUUCCAGUCGAGCGGUCAAGCGGUGGCGAGCCGGGCGCUCGAGUACUCCGGCCUGACGAGCGUGGUGCUGACGAGCAGCUACUGCGACCUCUUCUCCGACCGGAACCUCUUCGCCGGACUCGGGAGCAACGUGGAGCGGAACCGCCGGACGGCCGCCCCCAUCCUCCUCCUCACCGGCGUCGUCAUCGGCGGAUUCUGGUCCAGGACCCCCUUCGGCAUCGCCGGCGCCCUCUGGACCGCCGCCGCCCUCAAGUUCGGCAUCGUCGUCGCGUGGUUCUUCUGGAGGACCGACUCCAGGUCUCAUGGAUGAGGGCGCUAAGGAAGGGCUACAGGGUCAUCCAAAAGUCCCGUUCGGCAUCGUCGUCCUGUGGUUCUUCUGGAGGACCGACUCUAGAGCCCAUGGGUAGACAGAGACAAAAAACCUUCCACUAGCCUCUUGGCGACAGGGG